AUGUCUGGAAAGGGUCAAUCUGGAUCUUCCGGCUCGUCCGGCUCGUACGGUAACUCAUACACCCCUUACACUAUCACGGGCAGCGGUACCAACAGUCAGGGCAAUAACUACGACACCCGCACUCAACCUGGUGGAUCGGCAUACCACUACUCGAACAGCGAUGGUUCCUACUACUACCAAAACGGCAACUCCUCCACUUACUACAACGAUGGCAAGGGUUCUGCGACUUACACGGCUCCCAACGGCAAUGUCUACAAGAAGUAG